AUGGCGACCUCCGUUGAUCCUUUGGUCGUCGGCCGAGUGAUCGGCGAUGUGGUCGACAUCUUUGUACCGACUGUAAGCAUGUCUGUCUACUUCGGCUCUAAGCAUGUAACCAAUGGCUGUGACAUCAAACCCUCCAUCGCCAUCAACCCUCCAAAAGUGACCUUCUCCGGUCACCCCGGCGAGCUUUACUCCCUGGUCCUGACUGAUCCCGAUGCUCCGAGUCCAAGCGAGCCUAGCAUGCGAGAAUGGGUUCAUUGGAUCGUGGCUGAUAUCCCUGGAGGAAUAAAUCCUAUUAGAGGAAAAGAGAUACUGCCCUAUGUCGGACCACGGCCACCGGUGGGGAUUCACCGUUACAUUUUGGUACUGUUUCAGCAAAAGUCACCAAUGGGGCUCGUCGACCAGCCCCCCACUCGAGCUCAUUUUAACACUCGCUAUUUCGCAGCUCAGCUUGACCUAGGCCUGCCGGUGUCCACCGUGUAUUUUAAUGCACAGAAGGAGCCGGCCAACAGGAGGCGUUGAGAGUACAGCAGAUGCUGCGGUGGGGUGAAGCUUAGCUAA